UUCCCCAUGUGGUCCUGCAGCUAAAGGGGCUGGUUCAGCACUUCCUGGGUUCUCAAACAGAGCUGUUCUUUCCAUUUGAAUUAGUCUCUGAUGACAUCAUGGCGACUGCAGCAGCAGAUGAUCUGCAUCCCCUGAGGCGCUGUAACAGUAUGGAAUGGUUGCCACCUGACAUGUCUGAGUUGAGGGUUGUUCUGCUGGGGAACUCAUGGUCUGAGAGGAGUUCAGUGGGGAACGUCAUAAUGAGAGAGACUGUGUUCAACACUGGAAAAGAAGCAAACCAAUGUGAGCAAGUCAGGAGACAAAUAAAGGAGAAAGACAUAGUUCUUAUCAACACUCCAGAUCUGCUUCAUCCCACCAUCUCUGCAGACAAACUGACAGAACAUCUGACAGACUGUGUGAGACUCUCUGAUCCUGGACCUCAUGUGUUCCUGUUGGUUCUCCAGCCUGAUGACUUCACAGAGGAAUAUAAACAGAGAUUCUGUAGAGUUCUUAAACGCUUCAGUGAUCAGUCAUUUGAGCAUUCACUGAUACUGAUAUCAACACCCAGAGAGCAGGGCUCAAGUGUGUUAAAAUAUUUGCAAAAUCAACCCUUAAAAGAGAUGAUCAGAGAAUGUAGAUACAGAUAUUUGGAGGCAAACCUUGAACUUCCAGAGCUGUUGACCGUUUCAGUCAAAUUGUGA